GGAAGAUUUUGUGGGGGUUCAGGAUAGCAUAGGAAUGUGCCUCUUACGCAGAGUUGAAUUCCUUCACGCCAACUGGAAAGCAGCAUGUGCUCGCUUCCCCAAGGUAAUAUCUAUAAAGGCAUUUGCAGCCACGUAUGAGUAAAGCAUCAUCAGCAGUUCUCAAACAGUUCUCCUCCUUUCGACCUCAAUACCCUCUCCUUAGUCAUUUCAAGCAUCUAUCCCGGUAUCUGAUCUGACUCUCUCGACUCACCGCAUUUCCAACUGUUACUCUCGUUUAUUGCAGCAUGUUUCAUUCUAGAUAUACUAUCCUCUCUGCAGGAGCACUUCUCCUAGGUGCUGCGGUUGAAGCUAUUCCACCGCCAGAGCUCUUUACCGAUGCACCUAGUUCUGGCAGUGCCAGUUCACAGACAUCCACUUCUGCUACGUCCGUGAUCACUGGAACGGCAGCCGCUGGAACGGCCGCCGCUGGAACGACCACAGAUAAUUCCGCAUUUCCUCAAUUCACAUUGGGGCCAUUCCCAUCAGGCGUCUUUGAGAGCGGUCAUUUUCCAUCAGACCGAUAUCCAACCGGCGUGUCCCUAUCCGAUGUGCUCCCGACUCAAACAGUCACCAAGGGCAUCUUCCCACCACCCGGUGUCUUCCCAUCUGGCGUAUUUCCAACUGGCAGUGGAGGCAGGAUACUCUACCCGACAGGGUCUGGUGCGGCUUUCCCGACCGAUUCGUUGGACUAUUUCAAAGCGCCGGGGGUUCCCGAAGUAUUCCCCACUGCUUCGGCUUCAAAAGGGGUUGAAGAGAACUGGGCACCGAGGCGACGGUCCGAAUAUCAUCUCCCCUGCUGGACUGGAUUUCUCACUCCGCCAUGGUGCAAUAAUGGUGAAAAGUCCAAUGAGGAGGGUUCGCCAACUCAAUCUGCCGAGACUACCACCUAUACCAAUUUCUUCGACGCUUUGCACGACUUAUUUGCUCCUACACCUGUCCCCACUGCGCCUACAUCUGCGCCAACCAGCAGCCAAACCGACAUCUCCAUUCCUAUCAAUGGGCAGCAGCCAACUAUCGGAACCCCAGUUCUUCCUGGGCCUUCUGAGACGGUACAGCCAGUCAACGAUCUGAACGAUCCUAUCUAUACUGGUGCUGAGAUCCCUAUUUUCACGGGCACUCAAGUAGCAGUAGCACCAUCGGAUACUGCUAAACCAGCGCCUGAGAACCUGGGUGCCGGUGCACCUAUCAACGCUCCAUUGGUAGAAUCGUUCGUACCUCAGAUCAUCCCCGAACCAGUGACUACCUCUUCUGUCGUCCAAGCCCCAAACCCUGCUGUCACUGAACCACCUCAGCCAAACGUCCCUGAGAAUCCUGAGAAUAUUCCCCAACCACCUGCACCCGUCAAAUAGGCCAUUCCUUCUUUUUUCAUUUGUUUCCCCGGAUCUCUUGUUCUACUUUUGGCACUUUCCUCUUUCUAUUCAGAAUUUCACGAUCAUUGUUUAGCGCGCGGGAACGGAAUUUCUAAUGACCACGGCUCAUUUUGUUACACAGACUAGCCUAGGCUGUGCCUGUCAGUCACAAUAGAUAAUGAUGGCACUGGAUGGCACUUGGCUCGAUUUACGGCGUUUGAUUUUCAUCUUUUUUGUCCUUUCUUUUCUUCUUUCUUUUACUUUGGCCAAGUAAUGCGAACUCUUCGCAGGACCUUGUUGACCAAGGCAUUACUUGAUUGACCAGAAUCCAUGCAAUAUUAUACCCAACGAACCUAAAAAAUAUCAGC